UCACCCGGGCACACACACUUGGCUAGCAAACAUUUAUCUGCCUCUGUACUGUACUGAGGAUUCAUUAGCAAGCGCGAGGGAAGAGAACAAAACCAGUCACCAACUGCAAGAAAAACAUACCCUUCACUGGGAAAGAGGUUUAUGGACUAGUACAAGCGUCUCUCACAGGAAAUUUUUACAGGAGGACAGAGAUCCAGAGUCCACAUUUUCUCUUUUCUCUUCUGUAGCAAUACUUGGCUAAAUAGAGAUGGACUGGAGCAGCUGCACUUCCAUUGGUUUAGUGUUCAUCCUGACUUUUCUAUCCAUUUUGAAAAUGAGAGGUUUCUGGAAUAACCACCGGGGAAAGAAUUUUCCCCCAGGACCAAGAGCAUUACCUAUCAUUGGAAAUCUACACCUCUUUGAUUUGAAAAGACCCUACAGGACUUAUUUACAGCUGUCAAAAUUAUAUGGUCCAGUCUUCAGUGUUCAGAUGGGGCUAAGGAAAAUCGUAGUGAUUUCUGGGUAUGAGACAGUGAAGGAAGCUCUCAUAAACCAGGCAGAUGCGUUUGCAGAAAGACCUAAAAUCCCAAUCUUUCAAGAUUUGACUGGAGGAUGUGGGCUUGUUUUUGCUCGUGGUGAAAACUGGAAGGUGAUGCGAAGAUUUACUCUCACAACCUUACGAGACUUUGGAAUGGGAAAAAAGGCCAUUGAGGACCGCAUUGUGGAGGAGUACGGGUAUCUGGCAGACAGCAUUGUGGCACAAGAAGGAAAGCCCUUUGAUGGUAGUAAAAUGAUUAAUGCAGCAGUUGCUAACAUAAUUGUGUCAAUAUUACUUGGAAAACGAUUUGAUUGCAAAGACUCCAGAUUUGUGAGACUUAUACAUUUGACCAAAGAAAACGUGAGGCUUGCUGGGAAACCUUUGGUUACGAUGUACAACAUCUUCCCACAACUUGGAUUCCUCUUAAGGGCUAACAAGAUUCUUCUCCAACACAGAGAUGAAUUCCACGCUUAUCUAGAAGUUACUUUUGUAGAACGUCUCAAAACCCUGGACAAAAAUGAUCAAAGAAAUUUUAUUGAUGCUUUCCUGGUUAAACAGCAGGAGGAGAAAUCCACUACCAAUGGCUAUUUCCAUAAAGGCAACUUGCUAAGCUUGAUAAGCAAUUUGUUUACUGCUGGUAUUGAGACAAUUUCCACCACACUAAACUGGGGCUUUCUGCUGAUGCUGAAGUACCCUGAAAUUCAGAGAAAGGUCCAAGAAGAGAUAGAGCAAGUGAUAGGGUCAAACCCCCCACGGAUCAAGCAUCGAACUCAGAUGCCAUAUACAGAUGCUGUCAUCCAUGAAAUUCAGAGGUUUGCUAAUAUCCUGCCAUUGGAUUUGCCUCAUGAGACUACUGCAGAUGUCACUCUCAAAGGCUAUUUCAUUCCCAAGGGAACCUACAUCAUCCCUUUAUUGGCCUCUGUCCUGCAAGACAAAUCGCAAUGGGAGAAACCAGACAUGUUCUAUCCUGAGCACUUUCUUGACGCCAACGGAAAAUUUGUGAAGAAAGAUGCUUUCAUGCCUUUUUCAGCAGGGCGGAGGAUCUGCGCUGGUGAGACUCUUGCGAAAAUGGAGCUCUUCCUCUUCUUCACCAGUCUCCUGCAGAAGUUCACCUUCCACCCUCCCCCUGGAGUUUCUAUCUCAGACCUGGACCUCAGCCCUGCUAUUUCAUUUAACAACAGCCCCAAACCCUAUAAAAUGUGUGCUGUAACACGUUCUUAGAGCUCUAAUCAGCACCAGUUUGUUUAAAAAAAUGUUUAAAUUCCUUUUUCAUGGUAUCUGCCACCUUAAUUCAUUGUCCAAAAUGAUUCACAACAUUACAUCUUAGUGAAGGUUUCCAGUACUUCUAAACCAAAA